AAAUUGAAAUGGGCUACUUUCGAUCCUGAAGUAACGUUUUUGGGUAUAUCAAUUUAUUACAUAUCGACAGAAAGAAUAGCAAGAGCAUCCCGUGGCACUAUAAAUUCCAAAGAAUGUAUGGUCUUUUUCAGUCAAGAACUCAAGAUGAUGUUGAGAGUCUUGAGAGAUGCCUGCGUUCUUUUCUCCUAAAAUCUAUUAGUUGGCACUUGGCAGCGACAAUUUGAAAAAGGGUAAUAGAAAGUCGCUAGCUACUUGGGUAGCUUCUUUCUUCCCCACAGGCCUUGUGCUGCGUUCCAUUCUUUGCUCGCUACUGCAAGCUGCAUCUCAGGGACAGGGUUCAGCAUCCGCCACAAAAUUUUGAGUUGCCCCCUUCCUUAUUUUGUCAAAUUUUCAAGGGUUUUUCUACUUGUAGCUCUGGUAUGAAGGUCUCGCACCGAAUGGGUUGUAUCGCUUCUUAGUAUCAAAGAUUUUUAUCUAUGUAUAUAUAGAUCUGGGACAUGGAGAGCUUGUUUGAGGCUGCAGAAUCUCUCAGUUCCAUGGCAUUUCAAUCUUCGGAUGUGCCCAAUCACAUGACAACGACUGAUGACCAGAAUUUCCUCUUGCGAUUUAUCAUGGGUACAUACUUUGGACCUGAUCUUAAGGCUGAUAGGCCCAAAAAAUCAGCUCUGCAAAGGAUGGCAGAGCGACUUCCACCAUAUACUUCUGACCAACUGGCUGGUUCUCACAUAAAAACAGUAGAAGUAGAGCGGAUAUAUUACUAUGUGCUUAGGAAGGCAGAUCAAUCUGUUGUAGUGAGGGUACCAUUGUUGCACCAGUUCUUCCUAGGUAAUCUCUCCAUUCCAGCAGCGGAUACUCAUACUAAUAACCUUCAGUUUCCUGACCUUUUUCCUGGUCAUUUGCAUGCCCACUCACGGUUCAAAAACCGAUAUAAAAUCAUCGAGAACAUUGUAUUCAUUAACGACCCAGAGAUCUCUUACAUUAAACCUGAUGAUGUAGAAAGGUUUAAGAGGCUAACUGGGCUUGAGGAUUUGCUGCUGGAUAGAGAUGCUGCAAGGUCACUUUCAGGUGUUCAUGUUGGUGGACAUAUGGAUUCAACUGUGGUACUGCAGGAGUUUAAUGAAGGGUUGUCCCUCAGAAGGUCUUCUCGUAAUUCCCAGAAAAGGCAACGAGGGAAUGGCCAUCCUGAGUUUGAUGAAGAGACCUUGUCACCCAUUCAUAAUGUGGAAAUUUUCAAUGGCAUACCAUUUAGCACACCCCUGCCAUCCAGCAGUAGGGCAUCAACUGCAGUAAAAGCAGGGCUGGGGGAAACAAUUGGGCCGGCCAUGAUUUUUCUACCUUCUCAUCCAAGUAUGGAAGAGUGGGAUAACAUUGUAGCUGCUACCAAGAAUGGAAUUGCUCUGACAGGGAGUGCUGCUGAGAGGCAGGCUGGACCACUUAUUGGACUCGUGGACAUCGGUGUCUGUGAUGAUGCAUAUUUAUUUCGCAUAUCCCUCCCAGGUGUGAGAAAGGUUGAAAGGGAAUUCAGUUGUGAAGUUGAGUCAGAUGGGCGAGUUCUGAUAAAGGGUGUAACCACAACAGGGGAGAAAGUGGUGUACAAGGACUCACAGGCUUUUGAGAUGCAAACACAAUAUCUUUGUCCAUCAGGAUCCUUCUCUGUCUCAUUCAAGCUGCCAGGACCUGUAGAGCCCCGAGAAUUCUCUGGUAAUUUUGGAGCUGAUGGGAUUCUGGAGGGUAUUGUGAUGAAAGAGCGAUCACGAAGACUCUAGUUGUUCAUAUAUCAGGUUGGUUCAGGCUCUGGCAAGUUUCUGAGCUAUCGUUUUAUGGUAGUCAUGGGUUCAAUUUUUGCCAAAGGAUGAGGUCAUGUGAAAGCUCAGUUUUGGUGCUGAAGUUAUGAAUAUCCCAACCCAGAAAAAAAAAACCUUAAAUUAAGCCGAGACAGAAACUGUGAAGCUUUUUUUUUUCUUCUGUUUUUUGGGUGGGUGGGGGUGGUAGUGGGGACGGUUGAGAUUGAUAAGUCUAUGGUACCCACUUGGUACCCACACCUAGUAGCCUUGAUUCAAAUUCAACAUGAGGGGCUUUACGCUGGACAUUUUCCAUUUUCCUCUCCAGAAUGCUUCAAAACGAAGUUAGGAAUAACCCAACUUUAUCAAAAUGAGGGAUGCUCGGCUCAAGUUUUCCCCUUUAGUGCAGGUUGGGAAAAUUUGAAGAGGUGUUAAAGAAGAGAUUGCCCCUUGAUAGAAACUUCUUUUGGGGUGAUGUUUUUGGCUGCAUUUCCUUCCUCUUUGAUAUCUGGAAUCAUUUGAUAUGAGAAUGCUAUGAAUUCCUUUAGACAUAAUAUUGUAGUUUUCAUGGGCAGUUUGAUCCUUAACAUAAAGCUCUUUUUCAUUUUUUCCUUA